CGUCCUUGAAAGCUGAAACUCUCGUGUGGGGACAGCACGAAAAGCAAGCUUUGAAGAAAGCAUCAAUGAAUUAGAGCGAGAGCAACAGUACUUGGCCGAUGGUGGUUGUGUUGGCUCCGAAUGGGGGAGGUGAUGUGCGGGCAGAAUAAAGUUGAAUCAAAAGAAACGCGAGGCAUUUAUUUCGCAUUGGAGUAGAAGAAGAAACCAUUCAAUGUCAUGAAAGCGACAGUAGCAAGGUGUUUUUAGUGUUUGUUGUUAGUGUAUUGUGCCGCGCCGUGUGCUAGAGAGAGAGAGUGUGUGUGCGGUGUGUGCUGCGCGUACCUGUGCGUACGGUUUCGUGCAGGUGUUGCGGUGGUGGUGGUGGUGGUGGGUUGCGCAGGGUUUUGACACAUUACCCUUCGCAAACUGCUCAUUGCAUCCCAAAGUCCCCCGCUCCCCAAAACCAACUCUCUGAGGCUGAGGGUUUUCGGAGCUGCUGCAGCAUAGCGACGACGGACGCGCGCGCGGUCCAACGCACACUUUCUAUCUCGGACGGAAAACGGGAUCAUCAUCAGUGAGAAACCAUGUCGGACAAAAUCAGAGUAGCCGUGCGGGUUCGCCCCUUCAACCGGCGAGAACUCGAACUGGCCACAGAAAACGUGAUAGAAAUGAAUGGUACACAGACGAUUUUGAAAUAUCCUGCCAGCCUAGAUAAAAUGGAAAGGAAGCCGCCGAAGAUCUUCGCUUUCGAUCACUGCUUCUACUCGACCGAUGCGAACGCGAACAACUUUGCGUCACAGGAGCUGGUCUUCAACAACAUCGGUCGGGACAUACUGGAGAACGCGUUCCAGGGCUACAAUGCGUGCAUCUUCGCGUACGGCCAGACCGGCUCGGGCAAAUCGUACACGAUGAUGGGCAGCCAGGACAGCAAGGGCAUCAUACCGCGGCUGUGCGACGAGCUGUUCGCCUCGAUCGCCGCCAAACAGACGGACGAGCUGAACUACAAGGUGGAGGUCUCGUACAUGGAGAUCUACAACGAGAAGGUGCACGAUCUGCUCGAUCCAAAGACGGCCAAACAGUCGCUGAAGGUGCGCGAGCACAACGUGCUCGGACCGUACGUCGAUGGACUGUCGCAGCUGGCAGUUACGUCCUUUCUGGACAUCGAUAACCUGAUGGCAGAGGGCAACAAAUCGCGUACGGUUGCAGCAACGAACAUGAACUCGGAAUCGUCCCGGUCGCAUGCAGUGUUCACCGUUGUGCUGACGCAGACACUAAUCGACACGCUUUCCGGGGUUACCGGCGAGAAGGUGUCACGCGUGUCGCUGGUCGAUCUGGCCGGUAGCGAGCGGGCGGUGAAAACUGGCGCCGUCGGCGACCGGCUGAAGGAGGGCUCAAACAUCAACAAAAGUCUUACCACGCUCGGUCUGGUGAUAUCGAAGCUGGCCGACAGUACGGGCGGCAAGAACAAGGACAAGUUUGUGCCGUACCGCGACUCGGUGCUAACGUGGCUGCUGAAGGACAAUCUCGGCGGCAACUCGAGGACGGUGAUGUUGGCCACACUGUCACCGGCGGCGGACAAUUACGAGGAGACGCUAUCCACGCUCCGGUACGCGGAUCGGGCGAAGCGAAUCGUCAACCACGCGGUGGUGAACGAAGAUCCGAACGCGCGCAUCAUCCGCGAGCUGCGCAAAGAGGUGGAAACGCUGCGCGAGAUGCUGAAGCACGCCACGGGCAGCAACUUUGGCGACAUGAAGCGCGUCGACAUUCACGACAAGCUGGCGGAGAGCGAGAACCUGAUGAAGCAGAUUUCGCAGACGUGGGAGGAGAAGCUGGAGAAGACGGAACAGAUCCAAAGCGAGCGUCAGCAGGCGCUGGAGAAGAUGGGCAUUAGCGUGCAGGACAGUGGCAUCAAGGUGGAGAAGAACAAGUACUAUCUGGUCAAUCUGAACGCGGAUCCGUCGCUGAACGAGCUGCUGGUGUACUACCUGAAGGAGGAAACGCUGAUCGGUGGCCGCAGCAGCAGCGGCAGCAAGCAGCCCGACAUUCAGCUGCUCGGGCUGGGCAUCCAGCCGGAGCACUGUCUCAUCACGAUCGAGGACGGCGAGCUGUACAUGGAUCCGAUCGAGAAUGCGCGCUGCUACGUGAACGGAUCGGUCGUGAGCGACAAAAUGGCGCUGCACCAUGGCGAUCGUAUCCUGUGGGGCAACCAUCACUUUUUCCGCGUCAACUGUCCAAAGUCGGCCACAAACAGCACGGCACUGGGUUCCUCGGAACCGCAGACACCGGCACAGCACAUGGAUUACUACUACGCGCAGGAAGAGCUGAUGCAGAACGAGCUGAGCAACAAUCCGAUUCAGGCGGCUAUCUCGAGGCUCGAGAAGCAGCACGAGGAGGACAAGCAAGUGGCGCUGGAGAAGCAGCGGCAGGAGUACGAGAAGCAGUUCCAGCAGCUGCGCAACAUCCUGUCGCCGACGACUCCCUACGCACCGUACGCACCGUAUGAUCCGUUCCGACUGGGCAAGCUGCCACCGAACACGCCGACGGCGCAGCUGCGCGUCGAGAAGUGGGCGCAGGAGCGGGACGAGAUGUUCAAACGAUCGCUGGGCCAGCUGAAAACGGACAUCGUGCGGGCGAACGCGCUCGUGCAGGAAGCCAACGUGCUGGCGGAGGAGAUGGACAAGCAGACCAAGUUCAGCGUUACGCUGCAGAUUCCGCCGGCCAAUCUCAGCCCGAACCGGAAGCGCGGUGCGUUCGUGAGCGAACCGGCCAUUCUGGUGCGUCGCAUGAACUCGGGCAGCCAGAUCUGGAGCAUGGAGAAGCUCGAGAACAAGCUGAUCGACAUGCGCGACAUGUACCAGGACUACAAGGAGCGCCAUCAGGCCGCGAUGGAGGAGGCGAAGGCAAAGUCGGAUCCGUUCUACGAGUCGCAGGAGAACCACAACCUGAUCGGUGUGGCAAACAUCUUUUUGGAGGUGCUGUUCCACGACGUGAAGCUGGACUACCACACGCCGAUCAUCAGCCAGCAGGGUGAGGUGGCGGGCCGGCUGCAGGUGGAGAUAAGCCGCGUGGCCGGCACCUUCCCGCAGGAUCGUAUGUGUGAGUCGGCCUCCGAGAGCUCGGCGGACAGCCACGAGGACGAUGAGGAUUCGCCGGACACGCCGUCACCGCCGCCGCCCACCAACAGCAAUCAGAUCAGCUGCCGGAUCAGCAUCAAGCAAGCGUCCGGGCUGCCGCUCUACCUGUCCAACUUUGUGUUCUGCCAGUACUCGUUCUGGAACCACGAGGUGGCGGUAGUGCCGGCGACCAAUCAGGAGGUAGCCGGUCACAACCAAAACAUAACGUUCAAGUUCGACCACGAAGCGGACUACAUCGUGACGAUGAACGAGGAGUUCCUCGAGCACUGCUCGGACGGUGCGCUCUCGAUCGAGGUGUGGGGACAUCGAUCGGUCGGUUUCUCCCGCAUGAAGGACUGGGAGGUGGAGCAGCAGCAGGCCAAGGCCCGCUCGCUGGCCGAUCGUUGGGCGGAGCUGUCGCGCAAGAUCGAGCUGUGGGUGGAGAUCCACGAGCUGAACGACAAUGGUGACUGGGCGCCGGUAGAAGUACAGUGCGCCCGGGACAUGCUGACCGGUGGCGUGUAUCAGCUGCGGCAAGGGUUCCAGCGGCGCGUGAUGGUGCGUGUGAAGCCGGUGCAAAACUCUGGCACACUGCCGAUCAUCUGCCAGUCGAUCAUCAACGUAUCGAUGGGAUGCGUAACCGUCCGCUCGAAGCUGCAAAAACCGAUGGAUUCGUACCAGGAGGAAGAUCUGACCGUGCUGCGAGACAAGUGGAGCGAAGCGCUCGGACGCCGACGGCAGUAUCUGGACCAGCAGAUCCAGCGAUUGAUCAACAAGGACGACAAGACGGAACAGGAGAAGGAACGCGAGCAGAGCCUGGUGAACCAGUGGGUCUCGCUGACGGAGGAGCGAAAUGCCGUACUGGUACCGGCUCCCGGGUCCGGCAUUCCGGGGGCACCCGCUUCCUGGGAUCCACCGCUCGGCAUGGAACCGCACGUUCCUGUCCUGUUCCUCGAUCUCAACGCGGACGAUCUGUCGACGCAGGGUCUCUCGAACGAUGAGGUUCCGAUGGCCGGGCUGAACUCCAUCCUGCCGAAAGAGCAUGGCAACAAGUUCUACAACUUGCAGAUAAUCCAGCACCUGGACAAGGACAUUUGUGCUAUUUGCAGCUGGGACUCGUCCAUCCACGAUUGUGCGGCAUUGAACCGUAUCACGGAGGCAAACGAGCGUGUCUAUCUGAUACUGAAGACGACCGUACGACUUUCGCAUCCGGCGCCAAUGGACCUGGUGCUGCGCAAGCGGCUCGCCCUGAACAUCUACAAGCGCCAGAGCUUCACCGAUCGGCUGAAGAAGCUGCGCAUCGGACGGGCGGAGUCACUGUCGCUGCAGUCGGGCGUAACGUACGAAGUGGUGUCCAACAUUCCGAAGGCAUCGGAGGAGCUGGAAGAUCGCGAGUCGCUCGCACAAAUAGCCGCCACCGGGGACGAUUGUUCGGCAAGCGAUGGUGAAACCUACAUCGAAAAAUAUACCAAAGGAGUAUCGGCCGUGGAGAGCAUUCUGACGCUUGAUCGGCUACGACAGAGCGUUGCGGUGAAGGAGCUGGAACAGGUCCGCGGACCGGCACUUUCUAUGCGCAAGACGGCCAGUGUGCCGAACUUCUCACAGGCCGUAAAAGAUGCCAGGGAGCUUAGUACGAGUCUCACCACCUCGAGGACAAUGCGAUUCUUCGAUGCCUCGUUCGAAUCGUUGUUGAGCAUUGGACGUUCGGAAUCGUACGCUGACUUGAAGAUGGGUCUUAACAAUGCGCAAAGCACCCGCGAAACAGCGAACAGCAGGCAAAAGAUGAAGAACAACAACGGCGAGGAAUCGUCCAGUUCGGGUUACGGUGCAGCUCGUCCCACAUUCCUCAAUCUCAAUAUCAAUCUGAAUUCCUUGCGACUUCAGCCAACUAAACCGUCCCCAGCCGCCAGUAAGUUGGCUCAACGGAUGACGACACUACAUGAGGAGCCGCUUAUCAAGCAGAUUUGCUACGAGGAAGAGGGUGAAGACCACUUCAGCGAGCCGGACUAUCCCGAAUACAACGAUUUCUACGAACAGCCGAUGGGCAAGAAGCCGUCGCUGUCGAAGAUGAAAUCAUCGUACACGGUUGAAUCGUUCAUUGACAUCGACAAGCGCAGUCAAUCGGCCGGCGGUGAAGGCAUGAACUCGGCUGGUGGAAAGUUUGCAAGCAAGACCAAGGCAGAGUCAGCAUCGAUGGGUGGAAUCUCGUCGGCGCCAGUCUCUGGCGGCAGUGCAGGUGGCCCUGGAGCGAAGUAUCAAACCAUGACACCUAGCAUGAGCUCGUCCACCUCAAGCGGUUACGGAUCGCAGGCCGUAUCGUGCAGUAACCUCACCAACGAUGACACCUAUUCCAUACGAUCAAUGAGCGUCGGAGAAACGCCAGAUACUAUGUCACCGUCCAACAAAAUGCAAGAACAAAUCAUGUCUACUAGCAGCAGCACCAAUGCCAAAUCGGAGGAGGAAUCAGUGACCUCUCCGACGACCUCAACGACCGCUUCUGAGCACACGCUGAUGGCGGAAAGCAUGGACAGCUAUAGCAGCAGUCCCACGACGCGGGCCCCGCUCGGUGAAAUGCCGAAGCGUGUCAACCCGUUCCUGAAGGAUGCCAAUAUCGAAGCAUUUGACGAUAGCAGUGCCCAACUCGACGCUGCUAAAGAUGAGCAGCCGCAGCAGCAAGCAUCGGAGGAGGACGAAGGACUCGGCGGCGAACAGAGUCAGUCCGAAUCGACGACGACAAUGAGCGACUCCACGCAGAUGGUUGAUGAAAGCGAAGAAAGCGAUCAUAGCUCAGCUAACACCAAACACUCCUCAGAUGUGAUGGAAAGCAGCUUCUCCUCGACACCGGGCAAGCAGGAGAUCAUUCCGGAUUGGGUUGUUGUGGGCGAGUCCGUGCUAAUAAGACCGUAUAACACCAGCGGAGUGAUAGCGUUCGUUGGCGCUACACAUUUCCAGGGAGGAACAUGGAUUGGUGUGGAGCUGGACACGCCUACCGGCAAAAAUGACGGUACUGUGCAAGGCAUCCAGUACUUCGAUUGCCGCCCAAAGCACGGAAUUUUCGUGCGUGUCGAUAAACUGAUCCUGGAUAAGCGUGGCCGAGCGAUGCGCGAGCUGAAAAAGGCAGAAAAGAUGAAAGCGGAACUUGCUGGUGGCAAGGGAGGACAAAGGCCACUGACCGGCGGCACCGGAACGGCAACGAAUGGACCACGCAAAUGAUACGCGUUCAAUCGUGGCCUCAGCAGCGCUCAGUGUUCGUCGAGGCCGUUCACGGGCCGGAAGCGGUUUGUGCCGAAAUCUGCCUCCGUUGCAGCAUUUAACCGCGGUAAGUAAAGGACAUCUCGCGUACAGUACACAGUCGGGUUGCCGGUGGCGCAAGGAAGCGGAAACGCCAGAGGGACGGAGAGCUGGGAAAAGCCCAGUACAGCGAUUUUUGCAAUCUUCAUACGCUCGUCAGCUUCUUCAGCCCAUCAGUACCUUCGGAAUGGCAGAAUCGCAGGGAGAAUUGCAAAGAGUCAUUUGAACGGAACGUGUGAGGGGUCACACAGCCACAGGCCCGACGAUGCAGAAUCCAUCCCUUCUAUCAAGAAGUUUGCUUGAUAUUUUGAUGAGAUGCUUUUUUCCUAUACAUUGACGUAGAACUAGAAGCUCGCGACCGAGUAGCAGUGACCGAUAGAGGCACUAGAGGCACUAGAGACAUACGCAUUAAUAGAGUCAUGCCGCGAACGCUCUUCUACCGCUCUAGAUAGUGAAUGGGAUACUACUACUCACCAUCAUGGCCAAUCUGGCACGAUACGUGUGGGGAAGGGGGGGGGGAUGUUGGGGUCAUACGGUAAGCUGUAUGAUGCUACCUCCCUUCCUCCUCAUUAUCGUGCGAUGGUAGAGGGUGCAAAAUUAAAGUAAUCUUAUCAAAUUACAUACAUUUUACAACUACUCAUACCAUUAUCAAAAAAGAUGUGCGAUAAACCGGCCGACCGGUGGAAGUAAAGUGAAGGAUAGUAUCUAGUUUUACACGUCACGCUGGCGAAGUAGUAGAGUGAGCGUACGGCGGCCGAGUCAGUAGGCAAAAUGAAUCGAGCGUUUCUCACACAAGUCCAUUUCUUACACAUGUCGUUUUGCAUAAAUGCAUCUGUAUGUUAGUUGCUGCACCUUGGUGUGAUCACACAAAAGUACCAGCCAAAAAAACAAAACAAAAACACACACUCACACAACAAUACAGGACAGGCAAAGGACUUAUACGAAACCGUUGAACCGAGUUGCAUGCCGAUCACAGCUCGCGCGGAAACUGAAGUUGUUUGUUUGAACCGCAAGCGUUUACGCCUUUCGAUAGGCAUUUUCGAACUGUUUGAACCCGAUUCCAUCCCGCUUUCGAUAGAAAACUAAAAAAGUUGAAACACAAUCUCUACACGUUUUUCGUCCGUUCAAUGUGAAGCUGUCGCUGAAGUGGGAGAAGUAGAAACAGUCGCCGAGGAGGAGGACGAGGAGGUAGUAAAACAAAGCAAAAGCUAACGUACCAUUUUCUGAGUGUAGUACAUUUUCUAUAUAUUAUGUUAGUGGGAAAAGAAGUAGAGCACAGGGGGGGGUUCUAGCACUUUGCAGUUUGUUAGGCACGAGAAAAGGGGAAUCGAUGGGCGAACGACUCGUGAGCAAUUUUCUGUCCGUGUUGGCACGAAAGUGCGGGACGCGCAAAACCAAUCCAUUCCAAUUUGCAAUAAAAGCGAUUCCUUCCGUUGCAGUGAGUGUGCCCGUGGAAGUAACGGGCCGCUCUUGAACACACACACACACAUACACGCAAAGUAGGGCCGCUAGAAGACAAACCAGCACACCAACACGUCCAACAGUAGGCAACGCUAGUAUUCAUCCCCUGUGCGCUGGUGUUCCAUCCGGGAAGCGAUUAAGAAAGCUCGUAUCAAAUCAGUCCAUUCCGUUUCGAGUAUUGACAGCAGAUUAGUGUUGUGUGAGUGUAUCUGUAUAUCUGUAUGUGUGUGUGUAUGUUGAAGGUAGAGCAUCCAUUCAUUCGAUCAGCAUAGGGGGAGAGCAGCACUGUUAGUCUCAGGUCACACAAACCCAUCUGCACGGUAGAGAACUAUUCACUUUGAUCAGCAACUGCUAGGGUUUUAACUGUGCGGGGAAGCAUAUCCAGUGCUGCACAAACACACACACACGCACAUUUCUCGUUAGAUCGAACGUAGCAGGGGAAGAUGAUCGAAAAACGAUUGCUUUGGUGGCUAGGGUAACACUGGCCCUUCAGUGCUUAGCUCAACCGAAAGCGUCAAAACCGAAGCAGGCGAGGUACAAGACGGUUGUUUGUUGUUUAGUAUUAUUUGCUAGUGGCUGUGGCAAGCUUUCCAGCAAGAAGCGGCCUAAAGCAUGCCCAAAAGCAUGUCGAAAUUAGCAACUAAGAACGAGCGAAAGUGAUAGAGACGUAAGGACGAACGAACAAGGAGCGUGUGUGUGUGUGUGUGUUUGAGCCAGUGCUGUUUAUGUUUUCCCGCACAACUCCAGGCCGAAGGAGAUAAGCAAGAAGGUACUGAAAGUAUGUUGGCAAUUAUGAUACAUUCGUAGAAGGACGAAACGUUUAGGUCUAGAUAAAGUCAUACAAUGGAACACCAGUGAAACUUGUUGAUAGGCGUCUGUGCAAGAAGAUGAACAGAACAGCAAUUUGUCGGAAAACGGAAAGGCGCAUACAUGUUGUUGGGUAGAUAGAAUAGUAGAUUGCAAUAAUGGAGAAAACACUCUGUCCCGUGCGAUGACCUACGAUGUCGUCGUCCCCGUUGGCCUGUAGCAUGUGUAGGCAAACCAAGCAAAGCACAGCAAUGGCGGAGCAUUGGAUAAAUAGUCCCUCAAAUAGUGAUUUAGUACGACAUUGCUCACACGUAUUACAUAAUAGAGAAAACGUAGAACAACCACCAGGGCAGGCAAACAAGAAAGCACCAUCUCUCCUCUCACCAAGGGCUAACGUGUUGAGGGUACGAUUUCGGUUACAUUUCAUUCUCUAAUUACUAUUAUCAUGGCGUAUCGUUUGUGCAUCCUUUUCCACUGUAGGCAGCAAUGCAGCUAACGCUAUAGAAAGCAACACAAACAAACAAACACAGACACACCAAGACUCAAUGCGGAAACGUAACAGCAAUAUUUGAUCAUAGGAUGAUAGAUGUGCGCUUCAUGUUAGAGAGAGAGAGAGAGCGAGAGCGAGAGCGAGAUAGAGCGGAGUGAAACAGGGAGUCGGUCACAGUAGUAGGCCAUUCCCGUCGAAAGAGGUGAUUUUAACUUGUAACUAGCGGAAAAGGUUAUUGUGAUUUAGUUGUUUAAGUUAGACAAGAGCAAAUUUUGUGUUUUUGUGUGCUGUUCGCUCAAACGACUUUUUGGCUUUUGUUUUAAGCGUGCUUUAUGAAUGAAACGUCAUAUCCUAAUCGAGAGGGAGAGAGGGAGAGAGAGUUAUGUUUAGCUUACAAUUCGUUUGUUUACAUCGUUUACAACAAUUGCGACACACAGACACACACAACUCACUACACAUCCUCUCACAUGUUAUCUACCACGGUCACCGGCUUUAUCAACCCCCCCUCGGCGUGCCAGUAGAAGCCUAGGGAAGGUUACGGGGUGGCAAAGACAAAUGGGGACGCGUGCAUCCACUGACUUUGAGUUUAUUUGUUAUUGCUACACGACGCUCUGUUUAGUAUAAAAUGUGUUGCAAAUGCUAAUCGAUUUGUGUGAUUUUAAGCUUAUCGUUUGGGAGGGUUUUGUUUCGUUCCUUUUUCCUGUAAAGAACAACGAGAUGUAGGACGGGAAGAUGUUUUAGUUAGGAGGAACCGCCGGGAAGAAACGAACACUGUUAUGUACAUAGCUGAUAACGGAACUAUAUGGCUUUUUUGUGUGUGUCUGCGUUAAGAUCGGCAUAAUUCAUAUCAUUUAUUAAGCUCCAUAUUCCCCUUCCUCCCCAUGCGGAUGCUGCUGCCGAAGCACCGUUUGUGUAUAUUUAUUUUUAAUAUAUCUUUAUGUUAUGUUUGUCGUGUGCAUUCCUCUUCUGCCCUGUAAUACUAUUAGAAGAUGGUCCGAUUCCCCCCUCCCUAUCCAUUACUCUUCUCUACAUCUUAUCAGCGAUAAUAGAACGAUCGUGCUUCGAUGUGUGUCCAAUGUUAUACUAGAGGAAGGGAAAGAUAGAGAGUGAGUGAGGCGCAAAUCCGUUUCAGAUCGUAUUUCACACAAUCAUUGUUAAAUAGCGUUAGGACAGCGAGUGGUAGUACACGCAAGAGGGGGAUUAGUCCUAAUUGUCUUACUCUAUAGUACUAGCCUAGUGCAUUCCUUGCCCUCUCCUUAACUCCCCCCUUAACAAUCUCCACCUUUUCCGACUUUAUCUAGCCCGAGAGGGGGGAGAUCAUGAAUGUGAAAAAAGAAAAGAAAACAACUUUCCUGUGUAAUAAAUAAAGCUGUAUAGUAAUAAUGAUGACUUAGUAGGGGAGAGCGCUUCUAGUAGUAGUAGAUCCGUGUGACCCGCGGUGGUUGUUGUUGCAAUAAAGAUAUGACCGUUGUCACCGAAAGGCUGAAAAGUGCAAAUUCGAAAGGAAAAGGUGAACGAGCUGAAAUGAGUGGAAAGAAAUGGCGUUUUGCUUUGAAAAAGAAAGUCCAUAGAACGACGCGUGAGGCGCAGGAAAGAGAGGAAGCAUGAUUAUCGAAUAAUAUGUCCCAUUCCGUCGCACAUCCCUCCUGCCCGCCCUGGCGAAUAAAGAGCAACACGAUAUACAAAUUAUUAUCCUUUACUGAAGUUGAGAACACAAAGAAGCAAAGGAAAGCUGUGUGUGUGUGUAUAUACAUGUGCGAGCAUGUAUGAAAGUCUAAACGAUAGAUUAACACAAAAAAUUAAGGAACACGGUAGAGAUUAACAUGGCUGAGGUGAAAAAAGAAGAAAAAUACACACUUUCACACUUACAGACAAGAAAAUAAGAAGAAGAGAGAGUACAGCAAGUGAACAAAAUACAAAAUCCAACAAAAUCUAUUUUUCUAGACUAGUAAUAACAAGUAAUGUAUAACGCAUAAAGUGAGGUGGUGCGUUAUCAUUAUUGAAAGAGGGUAAUUAUUCAAAACCAACAAACCAAACAGAAAAUUUACAAAAAGCUUGCUAUGAAACAAAAAGAACAAAAAAAACAUGCAAAUAAACCUAACCCUUGCUCCUCCUACCCUCUUUACAAGCG